AUGGGUACAGGCACAGCAAUUUCGGUUUUCGUGAUCAUUAUCUCAGUGGGUGUGCACCAAUACAACCCUUUCCUCAUUCCAACCCUGUUGGGCAAAGGUCUUGGCUACACCAGGGUAGCUCAUAGGUUGUUCACAGAUGCUUUUGAUAAGGCUACUAAUUACCUGUACACAAAUACAGGGAUUGAUCUCAGAUACGAGCGAGAAGAUGAAUUUUAUUCCAAGCAGAAGCCGGAGUUCCAAAGUCCGGCCAAGAUGCACAAAAGUUAUGCUAAAUUGUUGUUAACAAAACAAGAGCUGAAACAGUACGACGGCACGGAGGGCAGCAAAGGCCUCUACGUCGCAAUUUUGGGCAGCGUCUUUGACGUGUCAGCCGGCAAGGACCACUACGGACCAGGCUGUAGCUACCACUUCUUCACCGGGAUAGACGGCUCUCGCGCCUUCGUCAGCGGCGAUUUCAGCGAGACUGGGCUCACUGACGACUUGUCUGGCCUCUCCAACAAAGACAUCAAAGGCUUGUGGAAGUGGGUCGAAUUCUACAAGAACGACUACAAGUAUGUUGGAAAGGUGAUCGGCAAGUUCUACGACUCAAAAGGGCGGAAAACACGUGAUCUUGAAGACUUCUACAGCCGCCUCAAGGAAGCUGAGAAGGAAGAGGCUUUGGAGGAUAAUGAGAAGAAAAAAUAUCCUCCUUGCAAUGUGGAGUGGAAGAAGGACAAGGGCACGCGUGUGUGGUGUACACCCAACAGUGGAGGCAUCAGCAGACACUGGGCCGGCGUUCCAAGGAAAUUGCAUGAGCCCGGCACAAAAAACAGCCGCUGUGCCUGCGUCGAGCCCAAAACCGCCGUUGAAGACCCAAACCUGAACGAAUACCCUGGCUGCAACCCUGGAUCAGACUCGUGCUGGAUAAAGGAUAGUGAUAAGAAAUAAUCUUUGUAGCCAAACGGUAGAUAGAUUAUUACAUUGCUCGUGAUUUUUGUUACAAUAAAUUGCAUUCCACGUUUUUCCACACACAA